AUGGAGACCCAGACUGUGCAGAGGGAGCUGGAAACUCUUCCAACCACCAAAAUGGCUCAGACUAACCCCAUGCCAGGGUCCUUGGGGCAAUGGAAGAUAACCAUCUAUGAUCAGGAAAACUUCCAGGGCAAGAGGAUGGAGUUCACCAGUUCCUGCCCAAAUGUCUCCGAGCGUAGUUUUGAUAAUGUCCGAUCCCUCAAGGUGGAGUGUGGCGCGUGGAUUGGUUAUGAACAUACCAGCUUCUGUGGACAACAGUUUAUCCUGGAGAGAGGGGAAUACCCUCGAUGGGAUGCCUGGAGUGGGAGCAAUGCCUAUCACAUUGAACGUCUCAUGUCCUUCCGCCCUAUCUGUUCAGCGAAUCAUAAAGAGUCUAAGAUUACCAUCUUUGAGAAAGAGAAUUUUAUUGGACGCCAGUGGGAGAUCUGUGAUGACUACCCUUCCUUGCAAGCCAUGGGUUGGUUUAACAAUGAAGUUGGUUCCAUGAAGAUACAAUGUGGGGCCUGGGUUUGCUACCAGUAUCCUGGAUAUCGUGGUUACCAGUACAUCUUGGAAUGUGACCAUCAUGAAGGAGACUACAAACACUGGAGAGAAUGGGGAUCUCAUGCCCAGACUUUCCAGAUCCAGUCAAUUCGCCGUAUCCAACAAUAGUGGAUUAAAAGUUUCAGAUUUCCUCAAGUAUGAAACCUUGAUAAGCACUCUAGGCUUUAUGUUCUACUCAAUGCUUCCAAAUGUUAGCUGCUAAAAUCCAUAAUAAAUGUCAUUUAAAAAAAUCAAAAACCAGCCUCGGAGACUGAAUCAACUACCACACACAAAUCCCUCUUGUGGAUGACAUUUUAAAGAUAGUCUUAAUAUUCCCAGCCCAGGUCGUGGUGGCGCACAACUUUAGUCCCAGUACUCUAAAGGCAGAGGAAGGAGGACUGAGUUCAAUUGAAGUCAGCCUGGUCUAUAGUGCUUGUUUUAUGAUAGACAGAGCUACACAGAAAAACCAUCUUGGAAAACAAACAACUCAAAAUACCCUUGUAUGUAUUUGUCAAUUAUUUGCCAGGACAAGGACAAUAUUCCUAUAUCAAAUAACGCAAAUACUAUCACUCUGACUGAUUAUGCAUAUUUUCUCCCUAUCUCCACUAUUCUAAUAACCUAAGAAUCUUCCCAACUUUUUAAGAAUUAAGAAAUUUUGGCCGGGCGGUGGUGGCACAUGCCUUUAAUCCCAGCACUCAGGAGGCAGAGGUAGGUAAAUCUCUGAGUUCGAGGCCA